AUGGAGGCAGCAAUCAGGCUUGUCAAGUACAUCAAACAAGCACCUGGAUUGGGGAUUUUGAUGAACUCACAUAGCCUCAAUCACUUGAGUGUGCACUGUGAUGCAGGUUGGGGUUCCUGUGUGAACAACAGAAGGUCUAUCGCUGGAUAUUUAGCCAAGCAUGGUUCAUCUCCCAUUUGUUGGAGGUCUAAAAAACAAGCUACUGUUUCUAGGAGUUCAGCUGAAGCUGAGUACAAGGCAAUGGCAUCCUCGAUCGAACUUGUGUGGGAAAGGAUCCAGUCUGGAUUAGUUUCACCACAUUUUCUUCCUUCAGCUCAACAACCUGCUGAUCUGUUUACCAAAGCACUUGGGAGAGGGCCUCACAAUCAUCUUAUGUCCAAGCUCGGUAUGAAGAACAUCUUCAUAGCACCUAGCUUGAGGGGAGGUGUGAAGGAACUCAGCAAGUGUGUUGAUGUGCCUUGA